AUGAAGCUCUUCGCCAUCAUAAAGCUCGAAGAAAAGAACGGUCCAGAUAUUGAGAGCUACAUCAACAGCGAAUUUGUGAGCUUGGGUCUCGAUCAUCCCCUGAAGGAUGUGAGUGCGCUUGCGAAAUCAAUGAUUGGGCGUGCCCAAGGAGUUUUCCUUUGGGCAAGGCUUGUCUUGACCGAGCUGAGAGACAUGGCACAUGGCAGCACUUUUCUGGAACUAGAACGAGUGUUGAGUGGAAUCCCAGAAGAUCUCAAAGGCGUUUAUGGUCGAAUAUUUCGGGAGCUAGAAAAAAAGAGGGACAGAGCCGAAACCAAAAAAAUAUUACAAUGGGCCCUACUAGCAGAAAGACCCCUCACUCUUUCCGAAUUACGCUGGGCACUUGCUAUCGACUCCUCAACCAAAUAUGCUUCGCUGGCGUCCAUCCGUGACUAUCGCUCAGGCUCUAUCCCCGAACUGAGUCAAAUGGAGGCGCGUAUAAGGAGAUUAUGCUGUGGGCUUGUCGAGGUCGUCAGAACGCCCAGCGACAGAUACAGCUGGUUGGAUGCCGACGAGGAUUUUGGAAUCGAGCAGUCGAAAACCGAGGAUUUUGGAAUCGAGCAGUCGAAAACGAGGAGUCGGAAGCCGAGGAGUCGGAAGCGGAAGCCGAGGAGUCAGAUAUGGUGA